AUGCAAUCUUCACAAUCACGCGGUGCACCGCAGCCCAGCCAUUUCGGCAAGGUUUUCGUUUUGGAUGAGUUGGAUGAGCUCUUGCCAAAGCGCAAAUACGUCGGAAGGAAGCUGGCUAGGUAUCAAGAUCCUGGGAUGUGGCCGGCAGAAGGGCUUGUGAAGCGUUUGAUGAGGAACAACGAGCGAGAGACGCUUCAAGUGGUGGCAGCCUCCGCCACCGCUUAUCGCUCAAGCCGCUUGAGGUUAGAGAAAGUGCUGAAACAAGACAAGCUGAAGCGCUUUCCGAUUCCACUGCCACGACUGGAUCCGCAACGCAGCUCUGCUGCCAGCUUGGAGGCCGGAUGGGAGCGCGUGCCGUGCAGUUUACGUGCACAGUUGCUGACAGGCAGCUGCAGCGGCACGUGGUGUCGUCGAGGACGCAUUAAAAAGAUAAACUAA